UCGGUAUGCUUAUUCCAAAACCUAUUUGAAUAGUAGAACCUUCCUUAGCGGACACCUCUCUAUUAAGGACACUACAUGUAGGUUUGGUCCCAAAUUGGUUUGUUUCCAUUCAAUUUGACCUCUCUAAUCAGGACACCUCUCUUUUACGGACAGCACUUGUCUGUCCCGAGGGUGUCCUUAAUAGAGAGGUUCUACUCUAUAGGCCUGAAUUGGGACAGGUCAAUGAACACAAGGUCAAUCAUGUGGGUGUCGACAUCAGCAUGGUCAUGGCCACGAAUUGGUGCCCAAAAUGGCUGCUCAAAUGCACCAUCGUCGCUUUCUUCUCUUUUUACUACAGAUGAUGUUUGUUACAUCGGCGCCAUAAGAAAUCUUUAGUGUACAUCUUAUUCGAAGGAAGUGGUAACUAGAAGUUUUAAAAAUGACCUCCCAAGGUCAAAAGCAAUGCAUUUAUUUAUCCUGUUGACAGUAACAACCCAGAUGUCCUGAAGGAGAAGUCACAUUGUUAUCGUUCCAGUUAUUGAUUAGGGUUUGUGAUCACAAUAAGUCAUAUGGGGGAUAUGUUCAUUCCAUUAAAUAUAGGCCAUCGCUUAUUGAUUUUCACUUCUAUGCUUAACAUAGGCAGGUUAAGCCCUUGGCUAUUUCAGUACAGUGGCCACGGCACCAGGAGUGAAUUUCUUGUUCUUGAGUCGGGUGCUUUUGAAGCGUGCUACCAAGAGGAUUGUAAACUUUGUUAUUGUUGUUACGCAUGUCUUCAUUUGUUCAGUUAAGUGUGUGCUGGUCAGUGAGGAUCUAUCAUUGACCACUGCUUGGGUUGUUUGUCCUGACCUGUCGAGGUCAAUUCAUCAUCAUCUCUCUAAUGGGAUGGUGUAGGAUGCACAUUCUGUCUUUUGAAGGAGGACGCUGUGGGAUAAGCUUAGCUUCUUGAUCUCGACCUCUAACUUAAAUUUUUUACUACUGAUGUAUGUCUGAGACUGACCUAUUGUUGAUUUCACGUUUUCAAUUUCUGACUGUGGAUUGCGAAUGACCCAUCUGCUGUUUUGUCAACAUGCCAGGAGAAUUUAAUGAUUUGGAGAUCAUGUCGGAGACUACUGAGCUACUGAAUAAUGAGCAGCGACCUGCCAUCUACUCUGAAAAUGCUAAUGAAGGCGGGCGAGCCACUAUCGAACUUGACCAGAAAAGUCCCGAUAGUUUAGAGACGUUGCCGCGGCCAUGGCCAGAACAGCAAAAGACGACAAAGUAUGUGGUGGGCGCAUCUGUGAUGGCUGCGGCUGGUGGUAUUCUGUUCGGAUAUGACAUAGGCAUAAUAUCUGGGGCACUCUUACAACUAACGCCCAGAUUUCACCUGUCAUGUCUCGAGCAGUCCAUGGUUGUAGGGUCCAUGUUAUUUGGUGCUGUGAUAGGCUCGUUAUGUGGAGGUUUCAUUAUUGACAAAUGGGGCCGACGUCUGGCUUUGGUGUUCAACUCGGGCAUGUUUGUUAUUGGUGCCAUAAUCCUCGCAGCCGCUCCUACUUAUUAUGUUUUGGUUUUUGGCAGGCUUGUUGUUGGUUUUGCUGUUUCCCUCUCAGCCAUAGGGGAAUGUAUCUACAUAUCAGAGAUUGCUCCAGCGAGACGGCGAGGUCUUCUGGUCAGCCUAAAUGAGCUUGGGAUCACAGUAGGCCUGCUCCUAGCAUAUCUAGUCAAUUUUCUGUUCAUUACAAUGGAAAAUGGUUGGCGGUAUAUGUUUGGCAUUUCAAUGUUGCCAGCAGUGGUUCAGGGUGUGGGCAUGUUCUUCCUUCCGCCGAGUCCACGCUUUCUCAUGAUCAAGAAAAAGGAGGAGGAGGCAGAGAAGGUACUCAAGUUGUUACGAGGGACGCCACACGUUGAAUCUGAGCUGCAUAAUAUCAAAAUAGCCAUUCAGAUUGAGACGGAUCAUAAAUUCUGUGAUUUAUUCAGUUCUGUUGAGAACAUGAGAGGACGUAUGUUCAUUGGUGCAGGAUGUGUCUUCCUACAGCAGGUGACCGGUCAACCCAAUGUUUUAUACUUCGCACCGACCAUCUUCCAAUCAGUAGGAUUCAAGAGUGAUUCAGCUGCCACAUUAGUGACCGUCGGCCUGGGCUUCAUCAAGGUUCUUUCCACCGUUCUUGCCCUUCUCUGCGUCGACCGCGCAGGCAGACGUCGCUUCCUCAUCGUGGGAGCAUCGAUGAUGGGUGUAUCAAUACUAAUACUAGGCGUUGUCAUCAUGGCCAUGAACACAGCGCCACCUGUUGGUGUAUAUUGUACCGACAACAACAAGAAAUCAGUUCAGUUCAGUUCUCUCACUCAUGCCAACAUUCUGCCAAAUGUUCAAAAACGAGACCUAGAUCCAAAUCCCAAUUUGUUUGACUUUUACUCAAAUGAAAGCUCAUCGACACCUUGGAGUAACAGUUCUGUUAAGACAACGGAGGCAAGUUUUAAUACGACCAUGUCUCCAAAUACAACUUCGUCAGGUUUAGAUGACGCGCCUUUGAUCAGCAAGUGGAUCUCCUUCGGUGCCCUGAUGGUGUUUGUCAGUGCUUAUGCCUUUAGUUUUGGACCAGUUGUGUGGCUUUUGUUGAGCGAGAUCUUCCCAGCCUCCAUCAGAGGUCGAGCAAUCUCCAUGGCAACGGUGCUAAAUUGGGCGACAAAUCUCCUUGUCUCCUUUACAUUCCUUGAUCUCAUGGAUGUGAUGGGUGUAUCAUGGACGUUCAUUCUCUACAGUGGAAUCUGUGCAAUUGCAGUCGUCUUCAUAUUCUCAUUCGUACCGGAGACGAAAAAUCGUAGUCUUGAACAAAUAUCAUCUGAUCUUAGCCAGGGCUCAUUCAUCCAACGAGUAAAGAAGAACUUCAAGUCCACCUUCAGGAGGAAGUCGACGCUCAAACUCCGUGUGACAACAAGUUACGAACGCUUCGGAGAAUCUCUUACCAUGGACCUGUCGGAAGUGGACGAGAACCACAUGGCUUGAUUUCAUCAGAUGACAGCAAAACGGCAGAUUUUCUUCUUUCUGAAACUGACCUUUCUGAAACUCAAGUCUACUUGGGUAAAGUUUAAUACAUGUACACUGAAAAUCUAUCUUGGGUUCGCAUGUAAGUCUGUUCUCUCAGAAUUCAAAGGCCUGAUAUGUGGCAUGCAUGUGAUAGUGUCAGUAAAGGAAGACAGAUGGCAAUUUAACAUGAACAAAUGAUUUCAAUUAUUUCAUUGUGUUAAACCAAUUCCAAGAAACUCUCCAUGUAUAAGGAGACUGCUGUCUUUCACCUAGAAUAAUGGAUCACUAUUUCUUGUUAUUUAGUGACUGUAUUCUUAUAUUUAUGUACUCUUAUUGUAAAAGACCUAAUAAUGUUUCAUGGAUAUGGGUCAAGUCAGCCCUAAAGACCUCAGAGUCCUGUUUCUGUGGCGUUAUGCUCGAUGAAGGCUAGACAAUAGGCACAAUAAUUUUGGCUAGAACUUGAAAUCCUAAAGCAAUUAGAACUCUUUCAAAACGAAGUGAAUGUCAAUUUGAAGGGUGGGAGUCAGUUUUAUUUUCCAGAGAACAGACUCCUACCCUAGGUCUAACUGGUUUAGGAUUCCAAGUUCUAGUCAGAAUGAUGGUGCCUAUGGUCAACCCUUCAGGAGAUAUCCUUUGUCCAUUGUCAGCAGUGUCAGUUGGCUUAUUGUAUAGUUCUGUUUAUACCAUCAUCUGUUAGCUUCCAAUUAGCAAACGAUUCAAUCUGGAGUUAAAGGCCAAUGCUGUUGGUGCUUAUUGUAUCUUUUUGUUGCUCAUUUAAUGAGAAAUAAACUUUGCCAUAGUGCAGUUAUUCUGCAUGCAAACACACUGAAAAUUGGCAUUUAUAGUAUAUGUAUGUCAGUGUGUAAUUUUAAAAAUUUAUAUUCAGUUCUUAUGUACAUAAUUGGAGAUCUUCAAAUUCAAGUUCAAUUUUGAAAUAUUUAACAAUGAAUAGAGCCUAUAACCUUGGUUGUGUCAAUAAGUUUGAGCUGGUUGAGUUACUCAUCACCUACAUGUAUUAAGUGUAAAAAGGCCUAUUGUAUAUGUCCCUCUCAACCGGCACGUUGACAAAGUAUAUAUUCAGUUGUUCGCCUCUUUUGCUAGUGCCAAACGUUUAAAAUGUUUUUCUCAGAUGCUAAAAUUCUUCUCUUUGGUUGCUGUUUAAAGACCUUGUGUUUAGUCCAAAAUGGAAAGAUCUGUGUCCAUAUCAGCCUCCUUGCAGACAUGCUGACAUGUGCUCCAACAUAUCCUCACAUAUCUUUAAUUGACAUGUGCUCCCACAUAUCUUCACAUGUGCUCCACAUCGAGGACUUAUCCAAUAUGUAUAAAUGUGACAGUGUAUCUCUAUCAGCCUGAAUACUGCCCCAGCAUUCCUCCACUAAGCCUGUGAUCUUUGUGAUCGUGAUAGAAUCUAUUUACUUAAUUAGGCAAUAAAAUAAGCAUAUUUGUUGUA